UGCUUGGCUUCGUUCCCCAUCUCUUCCUUUCGCCUCAUCGCCAUCGUCUCCCCCGAUUCCAGCAAACCAAACCCUAGGCUACGAUGGCCGGAGAUCGUCCCCCCUUCCCCAACCCCGACGGAGAAGACGACGACCACCAACCGGAGACCUCCGGAUCGGAACCCACCCGAGAAGACCCCACGUUGCCCCUGCGCCAGCAGCUCGUCGGGGCCUGCCGCGCCGACGAUCGUCUCAGGCCCCUCCUCACCCUCAACGUCUCCUGCUCCCCCGCCGAGAACCGCUUCAUCUCCCACCUCUCCCAGCACUUCGAGGUCUCGGAGGUGGGCCUGCUCGCCAGAUGCCUCUGCGUGCCCCUCGUCUCCCUGCGUGUCGGCAAGGUCGACCGCCACGGGGCCCUCCUCUGCCCAACAACCAUCAGGUAAUUUGGGCAUGUGUCAUAAUCUCUGAUAUAUGAGGAAAGAGAAGAGGGAAGCUGAGCCUCGGUCUUCUGCCUUCAUCGAGCAUGCGCCUUACCUUCUCUGGUGACGAUGGUCAUUCGGAGCAACUAGCUCUCUUGAACAAUGGCUUUGAAGUUUCAGAAGUUCGAAUUGAGGAAAUAUCAGCUGAUAAUUCCGGGCGUUCGUUCCUAAUAAGGAUUUCAGAAUCUAAAAUAUUUUACUACUGGUGCGCUGAAAAGUCAAAGGAGUGCGGAAUGGAGCUUCUUGCAAAGAUGAAAAAUCUACUUCAGGGCAGGCCAACCUUGUCUGAUCUCACUGGCAUUUCCGAUUCAAGACUGGAUGCUUUUGUCACUAAUUUACAUGCGUAUCUUCUUGCACAAAGUGCUGGAGACGUUAAAUCGUUGGGAUCAUCUAAUGACUUCCUGAGUGCUUCAAGCUCACACGGUCAACAUCUGCAAGCCCCAUCAGUCGUUUCCAAGUCUUCAAGGUUUCGCGCAUCUGCAGCUAAUGCAACAAAAGCAAGCUCAAUCUAUCAAGCCAGUCUGAGUCCCAGGUCCAGCACUUUUAAAGAUGGGGUGCCAAGGGUCUCUUGCACAAAAGUUGGGAGAGAGAAGCUGAAGCGGCGUGGGGAAUGGUUGGGUCCAUUACCUGCUCCCCUCGAUGCAAAUCCUUUGAUACCUAAGGGUGUUAGCACUGUUUCAACCAGUGAAGUGUGUGAUGGGGAGUGUUCAGAAAAUAGUUUGAUUUCAGCUCCUUCAGACUUGCCUCUUUCAUUUCCCUUGCUGCCAUCUCUUUAUCCUUUCGCAACUCAAUGUCCACUCCCAGAGGGUUCUUCAGAGAACCCGUUUAAGCCUUACUAUUGCUGGUGCCCACCAUGCCCGUCAUCAUUGCAGUACGGUGUAACCUCUCUACACAUGCCAAUUACAUCUGUAGAACCGUUGUCCCAACCACCUUUGAGCUCACUGGUAUCAAAUAAGCAGCCACCUGUUUCAUCACUUUCCGCAAAACUGGAUACAACUGAUCCACCUUCACUUAAUCUUCCAUCGAUAUUGCAUGAUCCUGUACUUCACCUGCCGCUUCCUACUUCAACACUUGUUCCGCUGCAUGGUUCAAUGGUUUCAACCCUUCCUUUACUUCAUCUGCCAUUUCCUACUUCACCACUUGUUCCUGGGCAUGGUUCACCGGUUCCAACAUUUCCACUGCUUCGCCUCCCACUUCCGACUUCACUUGUUCCCCUACAUGGUUCGCAGGUUCCAACAUUCACACCAUUGAUGUCUGAUCCUAUUGUGCAUGUCCCAGCUUUUGAUAUGUGUUCUUCUGGCCAAGCUUAUCUGGUGAGUUGUGGGCCUUCUAUAUCUUCAGCUGUUCCCCUGCUCCCCAGCUUAAAUCCUCUGAUUCCAGAACCAGAAUUGCUGGUUGAGAGGAGUGCUAGGGAAACGCUAAUGAGGCUCAUAGCUUCAACACCACCGUCAAGCAACCCCAACUUGGUCAACAUUCUCCCUGCAGUCCUGACUGACGUGCCUGAAAGCAUUUCUCGAUCUACUAAUGUGAACAUGCAUGUUGGUGUCCAUCGCAACGACGUACUUCUCAGUUCAUCCUGGGGUGCUGAUGUGAUUGGAAGUGGGAUUGCAGCCAUGGAGUUGCACUCGGAGGAUGAGGUUUCCAGCGGACAUGACGCCCACGCAAUGCUUUCGUUUACGGAAUUCGAUGACAUCAAUGGAGACUCUGAUCAGCCUCAUUUCCGCCGAAUGUAGUUGUUGCAACAGUUUGGCACCAAGAUCAUUAUGAAAUGUCAGAAUAUUUUGAGCAGCAGUUGUAUCUGCAUGGCAACAGGCUAUAUUGUUUUUUGGUUGGCGGUACAAUCUUAAUGUAUGUGGCCUGUUUUUUAUGAUGUCUCUGCCCAGCUGAAAGGACAAUUUGGUUGGUAAAUGUAAUUAUUUGUCUGUACUUUAUUUUGCUUUGGCAAACAAACGGCAAAGCUGGUAUUUUGCUCGUUUGCGACU